GAGGGGCGUUACCGGGCCCGGACGGCAGCUGGGCGCCGGCGGGAUCCAGCAGCGUCCGCAGCCGCGCCGGCCACCCGCGCCCCGGCGCGCCCGGGCUCGGCCAUGGAGCUGCCAGCUGUUGGCGAGCACGUCUUCGCCGUGGAGAGCAUCGAGAAGAAGCGGAUCCGCAAGGGCAGAGUGGAGUAUCUGGUCAAAUGGAGAGGCUGGUCCCCCAAAUAUAACACGUGGGAACCGGAGGAGAAUAUCCUGGAUCCCCGACUGCUGAUCGCCUUCCAGAACAGGGAACGGCAGGAGCAGCUGAUGGGAUAUCGGAAGAGAGGGCCCAAGCCCAAGCCACUGGUUGUGCAGGUACCCACCUUUGCCCGACGUUCCAAUGUGCUGACGGGGCUCCAAGACUCCUCGGCUGACAACCGUGCCAAGCUAGAGCUGGGCACACAGGGCAAGAGCCAAGGGCACCAGUAUGAGCUCAACAGCAAGAAGCACCACCAGUACCAGCCACACAGCAAGGAGCGGUCGGGCAAGCCCCCACCGCCUGGCAAGAGCGGCAGCAAGUACUACUACCAGCUGAACAGCAAGAAGCACCACCCCUACCAGCCGGACCCCAAGAUGUAUGACCUGCAGUACCAGGGAGGCCACAAGGAGGCGCCCAGCCCCACCUGCCCGGACCUGGGCGCCAAGAGCCACCCGCCCGACAAGUGGGCCCACGGUGCCGCGGCCAAGGGCUACCUGGGGUCUGUGAAACCACUGUCCGGAGGGGCGGGGGCUGCGGGCAAGGGCUCCGAGAAGGGCCCCCCCAACGGGAUGCCGCCGGCCCCCAAGGAGGCGGUGACGGGCAACGGGAUCGGGGGCAAGAUGAAGAUAGUCCGCAAUAAGAACAAGAACGGGCGCAUCGUGAUUGUGAUGAGCAAGUACAUGGAGAACGGCAUGCAGGCGGCCAAGAUCAAGUCGGGCGAGGAGGGCGAGGCGCGCGCCCCCAGCCACAAGAAGCGCGCCCCGGAGGAGCGGCACCCCCCGCCCGACAGGACCUUUAAAAAGGCACCGGUCGUGGUGGAGGAGAAAAAGGCCGAGACCCCCUGCAAGAGGAGGGGUGAGGAGGAGGCCCCUGGGCCAGGAGACCCGCAGCCCGCCGAUGCCGCCGCCUCCGCUGUGGGGUCCCGCAAGCUCUCCCCGACCAAGGAGGCCUUUGGCGAGCAGCCCCUGCCGCUCACCACCAAGCCGGACCUGCUGGCCUGGGACGCGGCCCGGGCCCCGCACCCCCCGACGCACCACCACCACCACCACCAUCAUCACCACCACCCCCACCCGCUGGGGCUCAACCUGGCCCACGCGCGCAAGCGCUGCCUCUCGGAGACGCACGGGGAGCGGGAGCCGGGCAAGAAGCGGCUGACGGCGCGCAGCGUGAGCACGCCCACCUGCCUGGGGGGCGGCGCGGGCCCCGAGCGCGCGGCGGCCGAGGCGCCGCCCGCGCCCCCCGCGCCCCUGCAGCCCGAGGUCAUCCUCCUGGACUCGGACCUGGACGAGCCCAUAGACUUGCGCUGCGUCAAGACGCGCAGCGAGCCCGCCCCGCCGCCCAGCGCCCUGCAGGUGAAGCCCGAGGCCCCCGCCGCGCUGGCCCCGGCCACCGCGGCCGCCGAGAAGCCGCCGGCCGAGGCGCAGGACGAGCCCGCCGAGCCGCUGGGCGAGUUCAGGCCCUUCUUUGGGAAUAUAAUCAUCACCGAUGUCACCGCGAACUGCCUCACCGUCACCUUCAAGGAGUACGUGACGGUGUAGCCAGGGGCUGUCCGGGCCUUCCAGGGGCGCAGGAAGACCCCCGCGCGCCCGAGUGCGGCCGGCCCACCCUGGGGAGGACGCCGGGCCCCCCGCGGGGCGCCUCCCUUCCACACGGUGCCUGCGGUCUCGCCACCAUCUGCCCCCGCCUCACCCACCCACGACAGCCUGCCCCCUCCCCGUGGCCGCCCCCCCCCCCCGACCUGGCCGGCCGGCCCCGCCCCAGAGUUAUAGUAUUAUAUUUUAACUGUGCUAACUUGUCAAGUGCUGACUCUACUCCCGUUUGUACGUGGUGUUAUUAUUGAAAUGUAUUGUUUGAGCUCAAAAAGGCCCGGGCGACCACUCCCCCCCUUCGGGCUGAGAUUAUAAAUAUAUAUAUAUAUAUUUAUUUGUAGGUAUUUAUAUAUUGAAAUAUAAAAGCCUAGAUUUAUGGAGUUCCCUCUAGAUCAUAUUAUAUUCCAUAUCAGACAAACUAUUUUCUGUUGAUCUUUCUCCUUUUCAUUCAGUAUUUCGGUUGCUUUCAUUUCCUCCCCUCCGGGAACUGAAAUUCCAGUAACCUUGGUAUAUUUUUUGAUACUGUACACAUGGAUGUGUUGUUUCUAUGUGCAAAAAAAAAAGUUUGUUAAAAGGCUAAACGAGCUCUCUAGAACAUGCUGCUACUAGAAAUGUCUAAACUAUAAGCUUCCAAUUAUUACCUGCUUGAAUGUAAAUAUUAAACAGAGGUGUUGAAGGUG